AUGGAUAAAGCGAUCGAGAGGCAACGGGUUCUUCUUGAACAUCUCCGACCUUCUUCUUCUUCCGCUCACAGUUUCGAGAAUUCCCUCUCAGCUUCUGCUUGCUUGGCUGGUGACAGUGCUGCGUAUCAGAGGACCUCUCAGUAUGGUGAUGAUGUCGUCAUUGUCGCGGCACAUAGGACUCCAUUGUGCAAGUCGAAACGUGGCAACUUCAAGGAUACAUAUCCUGAUGAUCUCCUUGCACCUGUUUUGAGGGCAUUGAUAGAGAAGACGAAUAUUAACCCAAGUGAAGUCGGGGACAUUGUUGUGGGUACUGUUUUGGCACCGGGAUCUCAGAGAGCCAGCGAAUGCAGGAUGGCUGCUUUCUAUGCUGGUUUCCCUGAAACUGUGGCCGUCAGAACCGUGAACAGACAGUGCUCAUCUGGGCUUCAGGCUGUUGCUGAUGUAGCUGCUGCCAUCAAAGCUGGAUUUUAUGAUAUUGGUAUUGGGGCUGGAUUGGAGUCCAUGACUACCAACCCAAUGGCAUGGGAAGGGUCAGUCAAUCCAGCGGUGAAGAAGUUUGCACAAGCACAGAAUUGCCUUCUUCCUAUGGGUGUUACUUCAGAAAAUGUAGCACAACGCUUUGGUGUCUCAAGGCAGGAGCAAGACCAAGCUGCUGUUGACUCGCACAGAAAGGCAGCUGCUGCUACCGCUGCUGGUAAAUUCAAGGAUGAGAUCAUUCCUGUUCAAACCAAGCUUGUUGACCCGAAGACAGGUGAUGAGACUCCCAUUACAGUUUCUGUUGAUGAUGGGAUCCGACCCAGCACAACCCUUGCUACUCUUGGGAAGCUGAAGCCUGUGUUUAAGAAGGAUGGAACCACAACCGCUGGAAAUUCCAGCCAAGUAAGCGAUGGUGCAGGAGCUGUUCUCCUCAUGAAGAGAAGUGUUGCAGUGCAGAAAGGACUUCCUGUUCUUGGUGUCUUCAGGACAUUUGCUGCAGUUGGUGUUGACCCAGCAAUUAUGGGUAUCGGUCCAGCAGUUGCCAUUCCUGCUGCAGUUAAGGCGGCUGGUUUAGAACUCGAUGACAUUGACUUGUUUGAGAUCAACGAGGCAUUUGCAUCGCAGUUCGUUUAUUGCCGUAACAAAUUGGGACUUGACGCAGAGAAAAUCAAUGUCAACGGAGGUGCAAUGGCCAUAGGACAUCCUUUGGGCGCUACAGGAGCGCGUUGCGUUGCUACUUUGUUGCAUGAGAUGAAACGCCGUGGAAAAGACUGUCGAUUUGGAGUUGUGUCCAUGUGCAUUGGUACGGGAAUGGGUGCAGCGGCUGUGUUUGAGAGAGGAGAUGGAGUUGAUGAGCUUCGCAACGCCAGGAAAGUGGAGACGCAAGGCUUUUUAUCCAAGGACGCUCGCUAG